UUCCUAAUGACAUCUACCGUUGUUGUCCGAAGACUAAUUACAAAUCCCUCGCGAUGAAUCGGUCCUUCAGCAAACCAAUACAGUCUGGAAGAAAGGUGGAAGGACACGAGGAUGAAUAUCAAACAUUAAUCCGAUAAUCGAAAGGCUCUGCGGACGUCUUCAAUUCUGCCAUUUGAAUCACUUGCUGUGCUUUGAAUGGUGGUAUGAACAUGCGGGAUACAUCGAGGAUUUUCAAGACGCGGUGUAUUAGACUCGUCGAGUUCGUCACAGGCGUCUCUGAUCAAGAACAUUCCGCGCGGUCCGACGGUUUUAUCACCCGGUCGGUCAAAUGUGAAGAUUCCCAUUAUCAUAUGAAGCCUUUUUCCAUCUCGACGAGUGUUGCUGGGCUGCUGUAGGAAUGACAUUCCCGAUUGCUCUCAGGCGACUCGAUCCAGGAUUGGUUCUCUUGGUAUAAAAGGCAAUCACUAUCCGUUGCGUGAACACUAGUAUUGACCCUUUUCUGAAGAUGUUCAAGAUUGCUGUUCUCGCCUGUCUACUCUCAACAAUCAUCUCCUCUGUCCAAGGACAUGGAUACGUUCAGGAAAUCACUGCCGGUGGAACAAAGUACACUGGGUACCUGCCUUACACCGAUCCCUACAUGAACCCUGUUCCACAACGUAUCGUCCGAAAGGUACCAGGGAACGGUAAUUCCAUUCUUGUUUCUCCUCAUCCUUUUGAUCCGUCUACAUACCUUAUCACAGGUCCCGUGGAAGAUUUGACUUUGAUUGACGUUCAAUGUAAUGGGUGGUCUGCUGGCGGCUCCAGCUACGACACCGUACCUGCACCCUUGGUGGCCAAGGUUGCCGCUGGCUCUCAAAUCGCAUUGAACUGGACUCUUUGGCCCGAUAGCCACGAGGGCCCGAUGAUUACUUACAUGGCUCGUGCUCCGAGCGAUAUCACCAAAUGGAUGCCCGGAAAGAGCGCUGUUUGGUUUAAGAUUGCCGAGUCUGGCAAGGGCUCCGAUGGGAAGUGGGCAGCUGCGGACAAGCUCAACGCCAACAAUGGUAUCUAUACUUUCACUAUCCCGAAGAACCUGAAAGCCGGUCAAUACAUCAUUCGACACGAAAUGUAAAAUGUCCUCAAAUUCUUAAAGGUCUCCGAUAUUGAAUGUAACCGGCAGCCUACACAUAUCCUGG